AAUUGAAAUCUUGAAGAACUUAGAAGAUUCACCAUUCAAGCGCUUACAUUUUUCGAUUCCAGCUUCAUAGUCUGUUCUUAUGGAUCUUGUUUGAAUCAAGAUAGACGAAGUAGAAGAAACCCUUAAAGUAUGGAUCUCUCCUCCGUCGUAACGUCGUCGGCUUCUUCAUCCUCCCCUGUUCCGGCAAGUUCGACUACUUCAUGGUUCUCCGGCAUCGUUCGAGGCCGCGGGGACAAGUCAACAGUCGUUAAAUUAUCUGCAAACGCAAACGCUGCUAGCGACGGCGUUGGACCAGUCAAUCGGAAGAAACAGUUUCGUGGAGUGAUGUUCAAGUAUGGCCCUAAACCAAUCCAGAUCGCGUUUAAAACGGGAGAUUACAAACAGCAGGUCAUCUUUAUUGGGGGUCUAACAGAUGGGUUCUUGGCUACAGAUUACUUAGAACCUUUAGCUAUUGCUUUGGAUAAAGAGAAAUGGUCACUGGUGCAGUUUCUGAUGACAUCUUCUUAUAGUGGAUAUGGCACUUCUAGCUUGAAACAAGACGCAAUGGAACUAGAUCAAUUAAUCAGUUAUUUGAUAAACAAGGAAGAAUCUGAAGGUGUUGUGCUUCUUGGGCAUAGCACCGGCUGUCAGGAUAUCGUUUAUUACUUGCGCACAAAUGCAGCUUGCUCCAGAGCUGUCCGAGCAGCUAUCUUGCAGGCUCCAGUUAGUGAUCGUGAAUAUAGAGCUACACUUCCUGAAACAGCUUCUAUGAUUGAUCUAGCUUCAAAAAUGAUAAGUGAAGACAGAGGUUUGGAAUUCAUGCCUAGAGAAGCAGAUCCAGUGGCUCCAUUAACUGCAGAUAGAUAUCACUCUUUAUGUGCGUAUAAUGGGGAUGACGACAUGUUUAGUUCCGAUCUUAGUGAUGAUCAACUGAGAAUGAGGCUUGGGCACAUGUCCAAUACACCCUGCCAGGUCAUCUUUUCCAUGGCUGAUGAGUAUAUACCUGAGUAUGUCGACAAGAAGGCAUUAGUCGACAGAUUGUGCAGAGCAUUGGGAGGGGCGGAAAAAGUGGAGAUUGAACAUGGAAACCAUUCAUUGUCUAAUAGAGUCCAAGAGGCUGUUCAAGCUACAAUAGAUUUUGUUAAAAGAGAAGGUCCUAAAGGGUGGGAUGACCCGUGGAGCUAGUUAAUCGAUCUUAAGUUUGUUGUACCAUCUCGAAUUCAUAUUCUUUUGAUGCGUUUAUUUACUUUUAAAGACAUGAAUUCUUUAAUUUCCUGCAAUUGUUUUAAAUGGUUUGUAGUUUUGAAUUGGUGUCUUUCUUGAUAUUGGAUUUUUAUAUAUAGGAGUUUUUUGUCUGUA